AUGAUAUGGACCAUACGUCAAGUUAAGCAGCGAUAGUUCUUUGACGGCUAAUGACGCUGGCCUGCCUUCCAUGAUCAGUUGUUUUCCUCUCUUUUGAGCCAAUGAGCAACAACGAGACAUGAUUGCCUUUCUUUUUCUUCUUCGCCACCGCACAUCAUUUGUUUUGCUCCACCUUGAGGUUUGAGGUGUUUAGGCCACUUUUCCCCCUGCACAAGAGUAAGCUGUAUAUUUUCUGUCCUGCUGGUAGUGAUCUUUAUUAUAGAGCUGCUCUCCUGCUCUUUGCAGUUGUUUUCCUAUGUUUUUGAGAUCAAAAUUUCAGGAAUUCAUGCUGAAGAACAGGUCAAGUACAGUCACCAGCAAACAAGGCUGGAUGCGUGAUCGUCCCUCAACUGCUGCCUCUCCCACUUCCAUACUUGAAACCAUGCCCUUCUCUUCCCUUAGGAACGGCAGCAGAAAAGGCUGCAAGGACUACGAAGAAGGGACAAGGGCCAUUGGACGUGGCCUUCUUGAUGUUCUCACAAACGAGGACUCUGUUAAGAGUGUUUCGAUACAAGAGAAGAGGGUGGUGGUGUUUGGGUCUCAGCUUAAGAUUCAAAUACCUUCUACCACUGAAUCCGACGGCGUUUCAACUGGCCGCAGCACAGCGGAGCCUCGGCAUUCUCCUAUAGAGUUUGGCAUCAAAACAAGGAAUUCGUUGGUGGCCUUGUACCCCUCUCCCCCUGCUCGGAGAUCAUGGAUUCCCCCGUCGGAGAUGGCACUGUCUGAGGAUUACACUCGUGUGGUCUUGCACGGGCCAAAUCCGAAGACCACUCACAUUUUUGAUGACUGCAUCAUUGAAGGCGGCGGCAAUGAACUUGUUGAUACAGAGGAUGGAAGAAAUUGUUCUUGCGGUGAUCAAUUCGGCUAUCCGGUCGAUGAUUAUAGUACAAGGGAGGAUAUUUUCAUCAAGAGGUUUGUUAUCUCCUCCAUCUCCAGAGAAAAAAGACAAUAGAAAGCCCUGUGGCCACAAUUGCCACUACCAAGAGGUGAUUGAACAAGAAGGCGUGCCUUGAAUCAUAUGCAGCAUCAGCUGGUGACACAGGAACUCUCUGAAGCUGGCUCGAAUAAUAUCGUCCUUCGUUCCCUCUGGGUUUUUUCACAGUAAAUCUUUUCCCUUCCCAUUUCAGUAAUUAUAAAACCAUGUUUUAGAUGAAGUAAGCAUCAAAAUAUUUUGGGCGUGGUGAAGAAAUGAUGUGUUCACGCAA